AUGGGGUCCGGCCGCCGCUGCUCCGCUGGGGCGGCGCUGCUGCCGCUGCUGCUGCUGCUCCUCCUCCAGGGACCGGUCCACGCCGCCGGGCUGCUCCUGCCCGAUGUGGAUGAGUGUGCCCAAGGGACUGAUGACUGUCAUCCAGAUGCUAUUUGUCAAAACAUUCCAAAGCUGUACAAGUGCACAUGCAAACUGGGUUACAGUGGUGAAGGGAAAAUGUGUGAAGACAUUGAUGAAUGUGAUAACGACUUCAAUGGAGGCUGCGUACAUGAAUGUUUCAACAUUCCAGGCAAUUAUCGCUGUACUUGUUAUGAUGGCUUCAUGUUGGCUCACGAUGGCCAUAAUUGUCUCGAUACGGAUGAAUGUAUGUUCAACAACGGUGGUUGCCAGCACCUGUGUGUCAAUACCAUGGGGAGCUAUGAGUGUCGUUGUAAGGCAGGGUUCUUCCUGAGUGACAACCAGCACACGUGCAUUCACCAUUCCGAAGAUGGCAUGAGCUGCAUGAAUAAAGACCAUGGCUGUGCCCAUAUCUGCAGAGAAGCACCGAAAGGAGGAGUGGCAUGUGAAUGCAGACCUGGAUUUGAACUGGCCAGGAACCAGAGGGACUGCAUUUUGACGUGCAAUCAUGGGAAUGGUGGGUGUCAGCAUACAUGUGAGGAUGCUGAUGAUGGGCCCAUUUGUGGAUGUCACCCAAAGUACACAGUGCACUCGGAUGGGAAAACCUGCCUUGAAAGAGAGGAGGCUGUAGCUGAGAUCUCUGAGAGCAAUGCCACAGCAGGAGCGGAUGUGGACAAGCGAGUAAAGCGGCGGCUGAUCAUGGAAACAUGCGCUGUAAAUAAUGGUGGCUGCGACCGCACUUGCAAAGACACCUCAACUGGAGUUCAUUGCAGCUGUCCCGUCGGAUUUACACUCCAGUUUGAUGGGAAGACAUGUAAAGAUAUUGAUGAAUGCCAGGCCAGCAAUGGAGGCUGUGAUCAUUUUUGUAAAAACACUGUCGGCAGUUUUGAUUGCAGCUGCAAAAAAGGAUUUAAAUUAUUGACAGAUGAGAAGUGUUGUCAAGACAUUGAUGAAUGUUCUUUUGAAAGGACAUGUGACCAUACGUGCAUCAAUCAUCCAGGCUCUUUUGAGUGUAGUUGUAACAAAGGAUACAUUCUCUAUGGCUUCACACAUUGUGGAGAUAUUAACGAAUGUAGCAUCAACAAUGGAGGCUGCCAGCAGACCUGUGUGAACACACUGGGGGAUUAUGAAUGUCAGUGUCAUUCCAGCCACAAAUUACACUGGAAUAAAAAGGACUGUGUCGAGAUAGAGGGGUCCCUGCCCGAUGAUACAUCACCCAAAGUAUUGCUGUCCUGUAUAAAGAGUGAUGGGAGUGAUAGGUGCAUCUUAAACUGUCCCUCCGAGGUACAUUUGAUUUCUGGAAUGCAAGACGCCUACACUCUUACCUGUGGCAGCUCUUCUCAGCUUAAGAAAAAACAGCAAAAUACAAAUGAAUCUACUUGCCUGGAUACCUCAACCAUCAAGACAAGUGUAACCUUUAAGUUUAAUGAAGGAACAUGUAGUUUGAAAAAGACUGAGAUGUUUCGAGAAGGUCUGCAACAGAUAAUACCAGAUAAUCAUAACUCAGUAAUGGAGAGCUUCUACUAUGUAAACCUAAAAUGCAGCUCUGGCAAGAAAGUUCUCGGAGCCGUCAGCAGACCCACGACAGCUAAAGAAAUGUUUAUCACAGUGGACUUUGAGCUUGAAACAAACCAAAAGGAGGUGACAGACACGUGUGAUUUGAGCUGUGCUCGAAAAAGGACUGAGAAGAGACUCCGCAAAACAAUUAGAACCUUGCGGAAGGUAAUCAACAGGGAGCAAUUCCAUGUUCGUCUCUCUGGUAUGGACCAUGAAGUGGCCAAAAAGUCUCCCAGACUCUUGAAUCUACAGGAGUUCUGUGGCAUGGGACAAAUGCGUGUGGAUAACAGAUGUGCUAGCUGCAGUGUUGGAACAUACUAUGAUGGGGAACAAGAACUCUGUGUUUUAUGCCCUAAUGGAACAUACCAAGAUGAGGAAGGACAAAUAACUUGUCAACCUUGCCCAAGUCCUCAGAACCCAGGAAACCAAAAAUUAGCUGGAGCUCGUGGUAUAUCUGAAUGUGGAGAUCAGUGCUCACUGGGUGAAUAUUCCUCUGAUGGCUUCAAGCCUUGUCUGCCAUGUCCCUUUGGAACAUACCAACCUGAAGCUGGCCGGACAUCCUGCUUUCCAUGUGGAGGAGGUCUGACAACAAAAUACAGCAGUGCAUCGAUGUUUCAGGACUGCGAGACGAAAGUUCAAUGUUCACCUGGUCAUUUUUAUAACACUACAACUCACCGGUGUAUUCGCUGCACAGUUGGGACCUACCAACCUGAAUUUGGUCAAAAUUAUUGUAUUUCAUGCCCUGGAAACACUACUACUGAUUUUGAUGGAUCAACAAACAUAACCCAGUGUAAAAAUAGACACUGUGGAGGUGAACUUGGAGAUUUUACUGGAUACGUUGAAUCCCCAAACUAUCCUGGGAAUUACCCUGCGAACAUUGAAUGUACGUGGACUAUAAAUCCACCUCCUAAGCGCCGCAUUCUGAUUGUGGUUCCAGAAAUAUUUCUGCCAAUAGAAGAUGAAUGUGGAGACUACCUGGUGAUGCGAAAAAGUUCUUCCUCUAAUUCUGUGACCACAUAUGAAACCUGCCAAACCUACGAACGCCCUAUAGCUUUCACGUCUAGGUCUAAAAAACUGUGGAUCCAGUUCAAGUCGAAUGAAGGGAAUAGUGCCAAAGGAUUCCAGGUGCCUUAUGUAACAUAUGAUGAGGAUUACCAGGAGCUAAUAGAAGACAUAGUUCGGGAUGGUAGACUCUAUGCAUCUGAAAAUCAUCAAGAGAUACUUAAGGAUAAGAAGCUGAUAAAGGCAUUGUUUGAUGUCUUGGCACAUCCGCAGAACUACUUCAAGUACACAGCACAAGAGUCUAGAGAGAUGUUCCCACGAUCCUUUAUUCGACUGCUGCGCUCUAAAGUUUCCAGAUUUUUGAGACCUUACAAAUAA